GAGCGCCGGAAAUCAGUGGCUAGCGAGGAACGCGGGGGCGCCUUGUCCGGCGGCGCUCUAGCUUCCGCGCUCUGUCUCUAUGCUCCCCCUGCGUCUGGUCUAUUUAUUGUCGCGGGGAAGCAGCGGUCGCCCUGUACCCGGAACAACAAAGCACGAACGACGGAGCCCGAGCCUCGGGGGCUCCUAGCAACUGGCCGGGGCGGGAGUUCCAUGGAGACUGGGGAGCGUGCCCGCCUCAUCGUCAUCCUUGUCCUCCAGCUUAUCCUUCGCGUCCGACGCAACCGGCAGCACCGCUGCCUCCGCGUCCUCUGCCGCCGCCCCCUCUUCCCACGAACAAGAUGCCAUUUGAACUUAAGAAAGAUUGCUUUGGAAGGAGCAAAUGUAAUUUACAAGCGUGAUGUUGGAAAAGUAUUAAUGAAGCUUAGAAAACCUAGAAUUACAGCUACAAUUUGGUCCUCAGGAAAAAUUAUUUGCACUGGAGCAACAAGUGAAGAAGAAGCUAAAUUUGGUGCCAGACGUUUAGCCCGCUGUCUACAGAAACUAGGUUUCCAGGUAAUAUUUACAGAUUAUAAGGUUGUUAAUGUUUUGGCAGUGUGUAACAUGCCAUUUGAAAUCCGUUUGCCAGAAUUCACAAAGAACAAUAGACCUCAUGCCAGUUAUGAACCUGAACUUCAUCCUGCUGUGUGCUAUCGGAUAAAAUCUCUAAGAGCUACAUUACAGAUUUUUUCAACAGGAAGUAUCACAGUAACAGGGCCCAAUGUAAAGGCUGUUGCUACUGCCGUGGAACAGAUUUACCCAUUUGUGUUUGAAAGCAGAAAAGAAAUUUUAUAAUUCAUCGCUUAAUUGGUUAGAAUCUCUAACUAAGCACCUUUUAAAACCUGCUGCACAUUGGACUCAAAAGGAAAACUGGACCAACAGUAAUUGAGGAAACAGACUCUUUUAUUCAUUCACGGCUACAGUGUAAGCUCCAGUCCCUUUGGAUUUUAUUUCAAACCUUGCUGUAAUAUAAAAAGGAAGUUUACAAGACAUGACAUUGCUGCUUUUACAAAAGGACAUUCUAUUUAUUUUCGCAGUAAUUCUCAUGUCCCCAUAAGCAGAGCUGUCACAGUGUGCACUACCUUAAAUUGUUUCGUUGUUAUUUUUUUUUCCAGUUUGAGCUAAUGUGUUUUAUUUGUGAAUAGUCUUUUACAUUUUUGUAUGCUGAAUAUGGGCACCAAAGAACUUGUAAAAGUUAUCUUUUUCAAUUGAAUGUGCACAAAUAAAAGUUUGGAAAAGAUCUCUUCACAUUCAUUCUAUAAAAUUUAUUCCCCACUUUCUAUUUAAGCAAACAUUGUAUUCAUAAUUCUUUUUUUUUAAUCUAUGCAAGUUUAGACUUUUGCUAAAUGGUGUGAGCUUCUUUUUGAAGUGUCUUUUGUAAAAAAAAAAAAAAAAAUUAUAUAUGCCAUUUGUCUAUAGUGUCUUUUAAUGCUCUGUUACCAAAUAUCAAAUAGGAUUUUUUUCUUUCAGAUUAGAAAUAAAAAUAUGUACAUAAAUUCUAGAGAGCUAAAGUAGAGCUUUAUAGCAUAAGUAUAAUAUUUUGUGUUGCUAAUUUAGUACUGUAGAAAAUGUCAAAUGUCUUUUAAAAGUUAGAAAAUUGUAGUUUUAAAAAGAGAAACCUCUUACAAAAUGAAUAUGAGAAAGAAACUGUGAUGGGUUGUACCUCAUAUAUGUCAUUGUUGUUGUGGAAAGACUCAACUCUUAACUGUAGGAGAGAAAUGGUGGUUGGUUGGUGAUUAAGGCUAUACUGAGAGCCUUGUCUGAAAUUGAUAUAUUGUGCUGUUUUAACAAGAAGUGCCCCCAAAAAACUGCCUCUGUGCCACAGUAUAACUAAUGUAAGUUCAACUUGAACUUGAAAGCCAUUUGCAAGAUAUGUCUUUCCCCCUUGCUAUGUUUUAUUUAGUAGAGCUUAAAAAGUCAGUAUCUGGGAUUGCUUCUUUAAAGUAAUAAUAAAUAAGUAUUUGUGAAACAAUGGUUUUUCUGGCUCACCCCUGAGCCCAGGAAUGGUAAUACAGAGUCAGCCUGUGGUUGUGUCCUGACACUUCUGUUCAGGACCUUAUUAUAAACAACAAUGAUUUCAUUUAGAAAUAAAUAAUAAAGCUGAGUGGAGAGUUGGAUCAGUUUCUCAGUAGAAGCAUAAUAUUCUGACAAAAUUUCCUCUAAAAUCUGAAUCUCCAAAAUGUUUUGAAACCUUUGAGAAAAAUGUAGCAUCUUAACCUACAGAUUCUAGAACAUUUUCCUCCCCUAUUAUAAAAUCUUAAGUUCUGCAUUAAACAGUACAUACUAUUUUGUUUGUUAUUCUUGAUGCCUUCCCCUACUCUGCCUUUAACUUAAUACUUUCUUAUAAAAGACUUCUGAUUUCCAGAUUUCUGGGGUUUUUUUGUUUGUUUUUAAUUUUUGUGGGGUCCUUUUGUUUGCUCGCUUGUUUCACUUUCAGGUCCAAUAGAAUAGGUAGCCCAAUAAAAUAGAGAGACUAAAUUUUACUGGUUCUGUGCAGACUGCUUUAAGAAUGUGACUCUCCACUUAGUUUUAAUCAAUAGUAGUAAGUGACCCCUAUGUGCAGUAUGUAUCACAAAGGGGUAGUGGGGAGGGAGGCAAGAUUUUAUGACCAAGGCGCAAAGCCAGAUGUAACAUUUUCAGUAUUCAAGAGAUUUUAACUAAGUUGAUCAGUAAUUUAUCAAAGUGCUUUCCAAGAAAAGAGAAGUAAAGACAAUCUGACCAAGUCUGAUUUUCGGGCAUCUCUGGGCAGUGUAAUGGGUAGUCUCUAAACUCUUAACAUAGCUGGUAAAAAAGAAAGAAAGAAAGAAAAAG